GUGUUUAAGACGUUCUCGUUCUCGUUGCACAUCUUUUCGAACGCAUUGUCUCCGUUGCAAGUUGCUCGUGCCGCUCCCGCAAAUUCUAGUUUUCGGUACGCUUUCCCCUGCCUUCAGUGUUAUUCUUGUGGCAACGUUGAUCCGUCAGUGUAAGUGUCACGAUGGCGCGUACCAAGCAGACUGCACGUAAAUCAACGGGAGGGAAGGCUCCCAGGAAGCAGCUGGCCACAAAGGCUGCGAGGAAGUCCGCCCCAACCACGGGAGGAGUGAAGAAGCCACAUCGUUACCGCCCAGGAACAGUCGCUCUUCGGGAGAUCCGUAAGUACCAGAAGAGCACGGAGUUGCUGAUCCGCAAGUUGCCAUUCCAGAGGCUUGUCCGUGAGAUCGCACAGGACUUCAAGACCGAUCUGCGUUUCCAGAGUCACGCCGUGCUGGCCCUCCAAGAAGCCGCUGAGGCAUACCUAGUGGGUCUUUUCGAGGAUACCAACUUGUGCGCCAUCCACGCGAAGCGAGUGACGAUCAUGCCGAAGGACAUUCAGCUGGCGAGAAGAAUCAGAGGAGAAAGAGCAUAGGCUUAGAAAUACUUAUGUACAGAUUUUACAAAAAUGUGAAACGAUGAAAACCCCAAAAAAAAAAACAAAAACAAAAAAAAAGAAUAAAAUCAGUUUGGGGUUCUUUUGAACCCACCUAA